AGUACGUGGAAGCGAAUCAAAAUAGAAACACACCCCCUGAACCGAAGCUGUACUUUUACUUAUAUUUAAAGUGGGCCCGGUUUAAUGACACCGGUUCCGCACCGUUGCGCGUUAGUGUAGGCUCCCGGUAGACUGGCUGUCAUUAGCAGUCGCGUUGUUGUCGACUCGCAUGCAGCAGAAUGGCGCGAGUAACUCCAACGGCUGCGAAGGCGGCGGCGGGGAGGGAGAUCGGCACUCUCCGUCCCGAAGCCCCCUGCUACCGGCGGCGACGACUCGGGUGAGGCGUUUCAUCCAGGAGCGGCGAACGCUGCCGCUGCCCAAAGUCAUGGUCGUGUUCUCGGCCGCGAGUGACGCUGACAAAGCCAGCGAUGCUAUAGCCGACGAAGACUCCCGGAAACCGGCCUCCCCGGCAAGCGUCGGCCGAGGCAAGCCGCCGCGCUGCCCGUUGAACGCCGGGCAGGAACAAGAGUUCCCUGAGGUGAUCUCCUUGAACGUGGGCGGCUCUCACUUCACCACCCGCCUGUCCACGCUGCGCCGCUAUGACGACACCAUGCUUGCCGCCAUGUUUAGCGGGCGCCACCACAUCCCCCGCGACACUGACGGCCGCUUCUUCAUCGACCGGGACGGCGCCUACUUUGGGGACAUUCUGAACUUCCUGCGUGAGGGUGAACUGCCCCAUCGCGAGCGAAUCAGGGCGGUGCACCGCGAGGCCCAGUACUACUCCAUCGCACCCCUGCUGGAGCGCUUGGAAGACACGCAACCGCUCACUGGAGAGAAAGUGCGACAGGCCUUCCUGGACCUGCUGCCCUACUACAAAGAUAAUCUGGAGCGCAUCGUGGAGAUCGCCAAGCUGCGCGCCACGCAGAAGAAGGCACGCUUCGCCAAGCUGAAGGUGUGCGUUUACAAGGAGGAGACGCCCAUCACGCCGUACGAGCGGCCGCUUUUCAACUCGCUGCGUUUCGAACGCCCCGAGGGCGAGGCCAACCUCUUCGAGCACCACUGCGAGGUGGACGUCACCUUCGGGCCGUGGGAGGCGGUGGCCGACGUCUACGACCUGCUGCACUGCAUCGUGGGCGACCUGUCGGAACGCGGGAUCGCCGCCGAGCAGCAGUGCAUCGGCGUGUGCGACAAGCACCUCGUCAAUCACUACUACUGCAAGAGGCCCAUCUAUGAGUUUAAGAUCACGUGGUGGUGAAACCUGCGUCCACAGCCCUCUUUAGAUUUCGAUAUCCAAAUGCUUAGACAUCACCAACUAAUAUUUAAUCAGAAUUGAAAGCGAAUGGAGCUUAAAAAUCCAAAUAAUCCCUUAAGGGAACCUCGGAUUUAAAGACUUGUAGGCUCUAAUAAGCCACAGUUGUUCUCUUUUUUCUAAAGUGUGGUAUUAGAAACACAUGAAUUAUUGCCAUUGAUUUUAAAAUUUAUAAUAUUUAGUACAGUUGUUCUUAACCUGGCUUCGAUUGAACCCCAGGACAGGGCCGGCCCAGGCCAUUUGGGGGCCCUAAGCAAAAUAAUGCCAAGGGGCCCAUAUUUUUGCCCCAACAUUUAAUCACAGUGUACUGUGAAACCCAUACAUGCAAUCCAACCCAUACAUCCAUAUUUGUACUGUAAUUUUCGGACUAUAGGCCGCUACUUUUUUCGCUCAUUUUGAAUCCUGCGGCUUAUAGUCCAGUGCGGCUUAUAUGUUGAUUUAUUUGGGUUAAUAGCUAACACUUUAUUUGACAGCGGCGUCAUAAGACUGCCAGAAGACAGCCAUAAUUAUGACAUGACACUGUUAUGAGCAUCUAUGAAUGCUUAUGACAGAUGUCACUAAAUGUCAUCCGGCAAAUUAUAUCACCAACUCUAUGUCCAGCUCGGACCUUUUACAUGCAGUCAAAAGUGAGAUAAUUUGACAUCUCUCAUAAGCAUUCAUUAAUGCUCAUGGCAGUGUCAUGUCAUAAUUAUGAUGGUCUUAUGACAGUCUUAUAGCACCACAGUCAAAUAAAGUAGCUAACUAGCAAUUAAUGAAACAACUGGAACAGUAACUGAAGAAAUUAUUAGCACAGAACAUGAAUUUUGAAUGUUAUUUACAUCUGUAGAGCUGAAAUGCAUGCUAGGGGGCAUGUUGGAUGACAACAGUGUUGACAGCAGGUGGCAGCAGAGGUUCACUGUCGCCCCCAUGCGGGAAGUGAUGGCAAAAUGACGCUUCUUGAAUUAAUGAAGCUUUGCAGCCAAUUGGUUCAAAGCUUCAUAAUGAUUCAUUUAGUUUUAUGACAGUCUUAUGAUGCCGCUGUCAAAAAAAGUGUUUCCGGUUAAUAUCUUUUGAUGUUUUGAAUAUAUUUUGAUCUUUUGAUAUCCCAUAAUACAGUGAGCACAGUUGCAGCUUAUAGUCCAGUGCAGCUUAUCUAUGAACAAAUGCCUUUUUUGUGUCAAAUUUGGUGGGUGGCGGCUUAUAGUCAGGUGCGCCUUAUAGUCCAGAAAGUAGGGUAUAUUCAUCAGAUUUUUUUCGUUUCUCUGCUCCAGAAGGAUACAUUCUCUUCGACAUUUUUGUGCAUCUAUUUUCCAAGCAAGUUUGAGCACCAAUCAUCGCGAAGCAGGUCCAACGUCACUCCCCAGGUUGCCAGAUUGUAAUGACAAGAAAAUUGAUGUUUGCAUAGAUAAACGGCAAUGCGCGCCACAUUAUUACUGGUGUUCUAUUAACAAAGUCUAAAAUGAGGUUGCCAGAUUUGGGGGCCCCCUAGUGGUCAGGGGCCCUAAGCAGCUGCAUAGUCUGCGUAUAGGCUGGGCCGGCCUUGCCCCAGGGGUUCGGUGAAGGUAAAGAAACGCUGAGCCCUAUUUUUGUACGCUGAGUAAAUGGUGUUAUACUUGUAUAGCGCUUUUCCACCUUUCAAGGCGCUCAAAGCGCUUUACACUACAUCACCAUCUACCAACUGGUGACGCAGCUCACCAGGAGCAAUGUGGGGUUCAGUAUCUUGUUCAAGGAUACUUAAGUGAGUUCAUCAGGGCAGAGAAUCGAACCCACAACCUCUGGGUUGGGGGACAACUACUCUACCACUGAGCCACACCAUCCCCAAAUCUAGACAAAGUGGCUUUUUAGACCAGGUUUUGGACUGGUUUGCUCCCAAUUUACAGGCUUAAUCUGAUGGGAGGUGGAACUAGUUUGCUCAGUGGAAGGUUGACUCACACUUGGUAUGAGGGAAUACAACAGAUAAAUGGGUAGCGUGGUCUCAAAAUUUGACCUGUUUGUCAAAAUGAGAAUUUUGAAUGGAAAUUUUCUAAAUUAUUAGCUUGCUAGCUUAGAUUUUUUUUUUUUUUUAAUUGCUGUAUUUUCUAAUUCCGAAGAGUUCGGUGAAACCACAUGUGAAACCUGAGGGGUUCGGUACCUUUAGCAAGGUUAAGAAUAAGAACCGCUGAUUUAGUACAUGUUUUGACCUAUGGAGGGCGCCAUGUUUAAGCGUGCAAUGGACGCUCGGGGUGAUGACGUAGUUGGUCACUCACUAGACGAACACUGCCGGUCUUCUCGCCUUCUAUGCGGCAAAACGUCCAACUCAUACUCACAUUGGUUAAAAGCAGCGAGUACUUACUAUUUGUGUUUUUAUUGAUUCUUUUAUUACCUUUUCAUUGCCUCAAAAUACUUUUUGCAUGUGUUUCCCUCUCCUACUCUUAAGCAUUGUGUUUUCUUUUGGUAGCUUUAAAACAGAUUGUUGAUCUGUUCACCACAUUAGUCACGUAGCAUAUUUAAACCACACUUUUUUGAUAUUACUACGUUUAACUAUUUUCUUAAGGCAUCUUAAGUACGUUCUGUUUGUAUGCAUCUAAACAAAACAAGCGUAAAGAGCACGUUGGUACUUCGGGUGUCAAAUUCGCUUCUUGUUGGACGUUUCGCCGGUGUGGCACAUUUUGGUAGAACACCGUUUUGUCAUACUCUCGUCUCAUCCCGUCUUUCCUGUUCGUUUUGCAUUUGCUGCUCGUUUUGUGAAAUAUCAACAGUGCUGUCAUGCUCAUUAAUGUUCUUCUCGGGUUCAAAUUGAAAGAGUUGAACAGAUGACAUGUUUUUGUCGCUAGACUCAUACUCUGGAAGCCCGGCACCGUAACCAAGUAACGUCAUCGCUCUGCGACGUCAACAACAAUGGCAACCUACUAGUUAAUUUGAUUUUACAAAUUAUAUAAAAACAUUAAGAGGGGUUUCAAUAUCAAAUUAUUUUGACUCAUAACAAUAUUUAUCUUUUAAGAACUACAAGUCUUUCUAUCCGUGGAUCCCUUUAACAACGUAUUUUCACUAUUAUGAUAAUUUGACCCAAUUGGAAAAUUCCACUUCAGUCAGUCUUGGAUGUCACUGAAAAAUUAUCCUGAGGGAUAAUCCUUUGAUGUGGGCUGCCAACAAUAUUUUUCGCUGCUCCUUUGGAUCAAAAUCAGUGCUAAAGUGGGGUACACACAUAUUUAUAAUUGACCCAAAUUUAAGCAAUUUUCCUCCUUUUCUCUUCAGUAAUUAGCAGAUGUCUGUAAAAUGAUUAUGUGGUGUAAGUUUUUUUCUGAUCUGCUUGGGAAUAGGUCCUAGCAUAGACUUCACUAUCAGUUGACGAAACAGCUCCGACAGACAUUGAGCCACGGCUCCCCAUUGUCGGAUUUACAGUGGGGCAAAAAAGUAUUUAGUCACCCACUAAUUUUGCAAGUUCUCCCACUUGAAAAUAUUAGAGAGGCUUGGAAUUGUCCACAUGGGUAAACCUCAACCAUGAGAGACAGAAUGUGGGAAGAAAAAAAACAGAAAAUCACAUUGUUUGAUUUUUAAAGAAUUUAUUUGCAAAUCAUGGUGGAAAAUAAGUAUUUGGUCAAUACCAAAAGUUCAUCUCAAUACUUUAUGUACACUUUGUUGGCAAUAACGGAGGCCAAACAUUUUCUGUAACUCUUCACAAGCUUUUCACACACUGUUGCUAGUAUUUUGGCCCAUUCCUCCAUGCAGAUCUUCUCUAGAGCAGUGAUGUUUUGGGGCUGUCGUCGGGCAACACGGACUUUCAACUCCCUCCACAGAAUUUCUAUGGGGUUGAGAUCUGGAGACUGGCUAGGCCACUCCAGGACCUUCAAAUGCUUCCUACGAAGCCACUCCUUUGUUGCCCUGGCUGUGUGUUUGGGAUCAUUGUCAUGCUGAAAGACCGAGCCACGUAUCAUCUUCAAUGCCCUUGCUGAUGGAAGGAGAUUUUCACUCAAAAUCUCUUGAUACAUGGCCCCAUUCAUUCUUUCUUUUACACAGAUCAGUCGUCCUGGUCCCUUUGCAGAAAAACAGCCCCAAAGCAUGAUGUUUCCACCCCCAUGCUUCACAGUGGGUAUGGUGUUCUUCGAGUCCAAUUCCGUACUCUUUCUCCUCCAAACACGAGAACCUGUAUUUCUACCAAAAAGUUCUAUUUUUGUUCCAUCUGACCAUAACACAUUCUCCCAGUCCUCUUCUGGUUCAUUCAAAUGCUCUCUAGCGAACCGCAGACGGGCCUGGACGUGUACUUUUUUCAGCAGGGGGGCACGUCUGGCAGUGCAGGAUUUGAGUCCCUGGCGGCGCAUUGUGUUACUGAUAGUAGCCUUUGUUACUGUGGUCCCAGCUCUCUGUAGGUCAUUCACUAGGUCCCCCGUGUGGUUCUGGGAUUUUUGCUCACCGUUCUUGUUAUUAUUUUGGCGCCACAGUUGAUUGUUUUACACCAAGCGUUUUACCUAUUGCAGAUUCAGUCUUCCCAGCCUGGUGCAGGUCUACAAUUUUGUCUCGGGUGUCCUUCGACAGCUCUUUGGUUUUGGCCAUAAUGGAGUUUGGAGUGUGACUGACUGAGGUUGUGGACAGGUGUCUUUUAUACCGAUAAUGAGUUAAAACAGGUGCCAUUAAUACAGGUAACGAGUGGAGCCUCGUUAGACCUUGUUAGAAGAAGCUAGACCUCUUUGACAGCCAGAAAUCUUGCUUGUUUGUAGGUAACCGAAUACUUUUUUUCCACUCUAAUUUGGGAAUCAAUUCUUUAAAGUCAAACAAUGUGAUUUUCUGUUUUUUUUCCACAUUCUGUCUCUCAUGGUUGAGGUUAACCCAUGUUGACAAUUACAGGCCUCUGUAAUAUUUUCAAGUGGGAGAACUUGCACAAUUAGUGGUUGACUAAAUACUUAUUUGCCCCACUGUAGGUGGAAACAGGACAAAAAAUUUAGUGCAUACAAGCAGGCCGGAGUGUCUCAAGAGUGUUUUGGUCGAGGAGUCAAGGUAAUUAUUAUAUAAAACAACACUACUUUGAAAUGUUGUGAAAAAACUGAAACGAAUGGAAAGAAUUAGCAUAGCUUUAGCUUGAAAUAUUAACGUAAAAUGAAUGAUAACUGCCCGUUUUUUUUUUUUUUUUUUUUUUUUUUUUUUUUUUUUUUUUUUUU